UUGGAUUGGGGUUGCAAAUCAAGUACGGCUUAAAGUUGCGAGGAUUGAAGUCGUUUGAAUCUCCAGCUACACACAGUUCCAGCUCGGCAUAGCACAUACAAUUCAAUUCCUAGGAGCUUAUACAAUCUCCGUGAGUAAAGAUGGCUUCGCCGAAGAAGGGAAAGGAGAAAAACAAUGGAAAACCGCCGGCAAAGAAGGAAGGACUGGGGUGGAUUGAAUGGCUGAUGGGGUGGUUAAAUCUGGCGUACGAGAUGCUGUUCCAGAGGAUUAUCGCCAGCAAUUUGCCCAACCCGAUGCCCCUUCCCCCCAUUAAUGACCUCACUUUCGUUGUCACCGGCUCCACCUCUGGGAUCGGCAAAGAAAUUGCCAGGCAAUUGGCUGAAGCAGGCGGGCAUGUUGUGAUGGCUGUUAGAAACCCAAACGCAGCUAAUGACUUGAUUAAAAAGUGGCAGGAAGAUUGGUCUGGGAGGGGUCUUCCUCUUAAUAUCGAGGUUAUGGAGCUUGAUCUACUCUCGCUGGAUUCUGUUGUGAGAUUCGCUGAAGCUUGGAAUGCACGUUCAGGACCUCUACAUGCUCUCAUCAACAAUGCUGGGAUAUUUUCCAUUGGAGAACCACAAAAAUUUUCAAAGAACGGUCAUGAAGAACACAUGCAAGUGAACCAUCUAGCUCCAGCACUGCUCUCAAUAUUGCUUUUGCCUUCUCUGAUAAGAAGCUCGCCAAGUCGCAUUGUCAAUGUGAAUUCUAUCAUGCAUAGUUUAGGAUUUGUUGAUCCUGAUGAUAUGAAUAUUACGUCUGGGAAAAGAAAUUUUUCGAGUAUGGUGGGAUAUUCAAACAGCAAACUGGCUCAGAUCAUGUUCAGCACUGUCCUUAACAAGAGACUACCAACCGAAGCUGGCAUAAAUGUAGUUUGUGUUUCUCCUGGAAUCGUACACACUAACGUUGCGAGGGAUCUCCCAAAGAUUGUUCAAGCUGGUUACGGUUUAAUUCCAUAUUUUAUUUUCAGUCCUGAAGAAGGCUCCAGAAGCACACUAUUCGCAGCCACCGAUCCCCAACUUGUGGAUUACUGUGAGUCUCUAAAAGCGGAAGAUUGGCCGGUUUGCACUUUCAUUAACCAUGAUUGCGGGCCAGCAAAUCCUUCAGAGGAGGCACACAAUCUUGAGACUUCUUAUAGAGUAUGGGAAAAAACGCUUGAGCUUAUUGGCCUACCCUCAAAUGCUGUGGAGAGGCUUUUAGAAGGGGGCCAAGUUAAAUGCAAAUAUGGGGCCGCCUCAGAAGGAUCAAUCACGGUUUGGGUAUUGCACGAUUUGGACGAGCGGGUGAAGACGUUGAAUAGGAAGAAAACUCGUAAGGAAAACAGCCCCGACAGCUUUGCGGGCAGAGCCAACUCUUACUACCAUGAGCGCCCUCAGCUUCUUGAACUACUUAAUGACCUCUACAACAGUUACCUCUCUUUAGCUGACCGUUAUUGCCAAACGCUAGCCACGAAGCAACACCGCCACAGCCGAUGCUCGUCCCCACUCCCAAAUUUGAAAUUCGACCAAAAUAUUCAACCCGAUGAAGGAGACCCUGGAGAAGUCAUAGACUCUCCAUAUGCUGAGAGUUCACUAUCUUUCCAGUCCCCAGUGGCUGUUGUACCUCGAGCAAAUGAAAAAAUGAAUGUUGAUAUGAUCUUUGCUGACCUAGUUAUGAAGGUGGUCGAGUACGAUAUAGCUCUGAACGAGCUCAAUGUGGUGGAGAAGAGGUGGGGCGAGUCGUCGAGAAAAAUGGAGCUCCAGCAGAAUUUGUUGGACGUGCUCGAGUCAGAAAGGCUCAUCUUACUGAAUGAUAAUGCGACCUUGGGGUAUAGAGUGACAGUGCUGGAGAAAGAGAACAAGGGGCUGGCAUCCGAGUCGUUGUUCUUGAAGAGAAAAGCUGCUGAGCUGGCGAGGUGCGUUCUGAAGGCAAGGGAGGAUCACAGGGUCUGCAUGCUGAGUCGAAAGAUAGAGGAUCUUCAGGGGCAGAUUUACGGUUUGGAAAAGAGGAACAAGGAGUAUUACGAGCAGCUCGUGAUGAAACGGCAAGGGGAGGAUUUGUCUUUGUCUUCUAAGGGGAGGAAGAAGGGUGGUGAGGAGGUUGAGUUGGAGGACUGCUUUCGUGCGGGUGCUGGUGGUCUUGGUAAGUGCUUUAGCUUUCAGCGAAAAAACGAUGGUGAUCAGGACAAAAAUGGCAGAAUGAGGCUCUCUACCAGUAAGUUGUGGGACAUGAUCAAGAAAUUUGAUUUGCUCCAUUGUGGCCCUCACUUUGAUUAUACUGCUUCCUGA